AUGUCGGCUACCAACAGCUCAGCUAGCGGAAGUACCGGUGGAGACGAGCUCGAAUCCCUCGACUCUACCUCUCCCCUAUCUCCGUCCUCCGACGGCCGGUUCCAUAGGAGACGACGUGCCGCCGCCUUUUCUUACUCCCGUGUUAGAGAUGCACGACCGGCGGCGACUCGUCUAGCUAAGAAUGCCUCUGCUUCAUCCCCGGUGUCGUCCGGAGGAUCAGCCGAGGUCCCUGCAGCUGUCGUGAACGGGACAAAUGGACACCUCACCCACAGCUCGUCCGAGGAUGGUACGACCAGUACCAGCAACACCAAUACUUCGUCCAGUGUUGGCAGCGAAGCCGCGGAGAGCGAGGAGAGGAGAGGAGGAGAAGAGAUAGACGCUGGAGUGCUGGGAUACGAAUUCGUGGAGGCUAUUCCGAGCGAGUGCCGCUGCGGACUGUGUGGAAAGCUACUCGAAGAGCCCCAACAGACACAGUGU